AUGCAGUCCGUCAAAGCACCCGACUUCCUGGAUGCCGGGGCAGUGUCCCGUUCUCGCAGCCCCAGUGUCGUCUCGACCGAUUCGCAGUUUUCUCGAGUCAACCUCAUGUCCCCACCGUCGGUGAUGCCGGUGCCGGCGUUCAUUUCCUCUUCCGCCGCCACGGACAUCAUCUCCGCCGACCAGGAAUUCAAUGCCGCCGAUUUUGUCGCCGAGGAUGAAUCGGGGUCCAGCGCCGCGCUGGUGACCCCAGCCGCGCUCUCUCUACUGAACGCAUUCCUGGAUAACCUGCUGUUCAACAUUCUCGCAUCCUCCAAAUCUACGCAACUGGCAAGCAUUCGACCCGCCAUGGCCGAAGUACUGAAGCCCCGCCUGGCGAAAGAAGUCGUGGCGGCGGCCGAGGAGGAACUCAGUGAAUACAUGGGGGGCGCGGAUGACGAGCAGACCGAGUUCCGGGGAGGCCAAGAGCCCGGCGGCGACUUUGAUCUCGUUCGUUCGUGGAAGUUAACCCGUCUACGAUGCAUGGUCUACACCCGACUGGGCGACAUGGAAGAAGACGACGAGGAUGAGUUUAUUGCGCAGGAUGGCCUUGGCGAGAGCGAUGGGGCCCCGCGCAGAUUUACGAGUCAUGUCGACAACAUCACCCCGGCCGCCUCCAUUUUCCUCACCUCAAUUAUCGAAUGUAUUGGAGAACGGGCGCUCGUCAUUGCCGGCGAGACGGCGCGCUCGCGACUGCUCUCAAAGCUGAACGAUGGCGAUGAACUCCAUGAAGCCGGCGAUGAGCGCAAGAGGAUCGAUCGCCUCGUGGUGGAGGAUCUCGAUAUGGAGAAGCUAGCCCUGAAUCCGACCUUGGGCCGACUGUGGCGAACGUGGAGGAAGCGCAGACGCGGAACCACCCUUACGCGCACCAUGUCUCGCGAAUCUUUCAGCCGUCGUGGACACCCUGGCAUCAGUCGCAAGAGCAGUGUUGCCACUAUCGAAGAACCGAUGACGCCUCAUGAACCUCUCCCUCAAUCCCCGCCACUCGACCCCGCCUCGGUCCCCCUGCCAAUGAGCGACUACGAUGUCCAGGAGAUUGAAGUUCCGGGUUACACUGGCGAUUUGGAGGGUGAGGUGCAGACGAUGCAGGCCGUUGUUGCCCACAAGGUGCGACCGCGCAGUCUCAUGGUGUUCUCCUCGCCUUCACUCGCACCCAGAUCUCCUGGCGGCGAUAACUCUCCCGUGAGCGCAUCAGCCAUUGACCCUCCCAAGUUGGUCCGUCAUAUUCGCUCCUGGUCCCUACCAUCUGCGGCAACCAAUGAUCCAGCGGAAGCGGAAGCGGAAGUCAUACUGGACCAACCCUCGCCCACUGCCUCGGAGAAAAAGAAAUUGGAGACUAUGUAUGAGGAUGACGAGUCCGCAGAGUAUGUGGAUGCAGCCGAGACUGCCCCUGGCGUUGCGAUCACCACACCUCACGAGACGUCACAAUUGCCGGAACAUGCAGUCGAAGAUUCUGAGAAGGCGAAGAUGUCUGUCUUGCAUGAGGAAGAGGAGGCGCCUUUGGCGGUUAACGAGAUGGUCGCGUCCUUGCGCGCUGGCAAUGACGAGGAUCUGACCGAUCAAUCCAAUAGUGCUCGGGUCUCUGUCGCAUCCCUGGGCGAUCGAUCGAAUCAGCAAGAUCCGGAAGUCAUCGAAGGCCAUGGCUUGUGCGAAAAGCCUAAAUGGACCUCGUCGAUUAAUCGACCCAAACGGAAAUCAUCUAGGGAUGUCAGUCUACUGAAUGCAAGGUCGAUCUCUGCACAAACUAGUGGAUCUGAAAUGCAAGCCGUUGCGGAGAAUCAGCCUCCAACGCAAGGGGUGGAGGCCGCUCAACCCGAGGCACCCAAAACACCCGUCGAGGCUAUCGAUUCUUCUACUGAUCAAGAUGCAACCGAUGGCGAUCAAAAUCAAACUACCAUGGCUUCUACACCCCCAACCCUGAAUUCUGACGGCGUUGAAGUCGACAAGUACCAAGCCUUCCUCUCAUCUCCCGAUACAUCUCGCCCUACUUCUGCUGAUAGUGAGCGCUCUCAAACCUCGAAAGCUCGCCCUAGACCUGCGCCAUUAUUGGUACAGACCAGCAACCGAAGUCCGACCGCCAGUGAACGGGCCGCUGUUCAGCGCAUGAGCACCCGGCCAUCGACAUCCGUUAUUGCCUCCGUUCAGCCCAAAACCCGCCGCUCUUCAAGCUUUGGAAGCGCACGCGAAGUCAAGCGCCCAGUGACUGCUGGAUCUACUACAUCCCAGGUGUCAACAAAGUUGAAGGGUCUCAUGGGCCGACCACAAGGCGACUCUCCGUCGCUUCGCCUGCGCAGCUCGUCUGAAACGAGCCGGGCAUCUGGCGGAAGCGGAGAUUCUGACAACGAAAUUGCCGAUUUGGACAAGUUGAUCAACAGCGACGAGACUAUUCACUUCACCCUCACUCCCCGAAGCGUGAGGGAGAUGACCUUCCCUGAUAUUCCCAAUCGACCAAUUCCUCGUUCAGAAACAACAGACACCUCCGACCUGGCUGAUUUCCUGAAAACUACAUCUCCGCCAGGCGAAGAGAAGCACCGUUCUCGCGCGUCUGUUUCUUCCAAGACCACUGGUGAAAUGAUUCCGGUCUCCCGAACCAAGUCUACUGAGUCGUCCAAGCACAUCCCACUUUCCACUCGCCUGACCAACCGCCCAGCGAAGCUUAGCAAGACAGCCCAAGCUGCACAAACGCGGGAUGCGCGGGCUCCUGCGGAUACCACGCGCGACUUUGCGGACUUUAUCAAGGCACCAGGUGCCCCAAGCUCACCACCUACAAGUGCGCCAGCUCAGCCGAAGACUUCUAUAUCUAUGGAGCGCCCGCAACCUGUCCGCCCUCCAUCCAGUUUGUCGACUGCUUCUCGCGGAAACCGGCCUAGACUCGAGGCUCGCUCUGCUGAUACCAGCAGCUCUCAAACAUCCGAGCUCAUUGACUUCAUUCGCGAGGGUCCUGCCACGCCAGGUGCUCAUCGCAUUCCUCGAACGGUGGCUCCUUUCCGGGACACCAUUGACUCGGAUGAUCUCCAGAUGGAUAACACUCCGGAGCACACUACCUCGAGCUCAAUUGCCAGCACCAGCAAUGGCUCUGUUCCCAACAAGUCCAUGACCUCUCUUGGCUCCCGCACAGCGUUGGUCGAUUCAAGCCGACCCAAGGCCUCCGCAUCAGGAAGCGCAACGGCGUUCGAGGAUCCCGCUCCUCAGCGCAAGCAACGUCGUAUCAGGGACCCGUAUGCCAUCGACGACGACGAUGAUGACGAGUACCUCGAAGAGCUCCUAGAAUUGGAAAACAAGCCCAAGCCCAAGCGUGAGGAAGAAAGUCUUAUGGAUUUCCUCCGCAGCGCCCCUCCUCCCCCAGAAUCCGAUAAAUCCCCUGUACCAUUCACCGUGAACACUGCCGCUGCCAAUGCGCGCGUGAGAUCGGGUAUGGUUCGCUCCUCCCAGAGCUCUUUGCGCUCCCAGGGCAGUGUCCCAGGCAAGGUCGUGAACAACUACGCCACCAAGGUCGGCAUGGAGCGGAACAACGGCAGCAUCCCAUCUGCUUCCAACCGCAAGACCGAAACUGGUGACCUGGCUGACUUCCUGCGCAACACUGGACCCCCAGAACCGUCCCCUCGAGCUGUGUCCUCUCCGACAACCUCGAAGAUGAGCAGCGGGGGCUUCUCCCGCUUCUUCACACGCCGAAAGAAGGUCGAGUCGUAG